CGCUCUUUUUCUACCGCCAUCUUGGUUCCGUGUUCCCCGCACAAUAUGCCCGGAGAAGCCACAGAAACCGUCCCUGCUACAGAGCAGGAGUUGCCACAGCCCCAGGCUGAGACAGGGUCUGGAACAGAAUCUGACAGUGAUGAAUCAGUACCAGAGCUUGAGGAACAAGAUUCCACACAGGCAACCACACAACAAGCCCAGCUGGCAGCAGCAGCUGAAAUAGAUGAAGAACCAGUCAGUAAAGCAAAACAGAGUCGGAGUGAAAAGAAGGCACGGAAGGCUAUGUCCAAACUGGGUCUUCGACAGGUUACAGGGGUUACUAGAGUCACUAUCCGGAAAUCUAAGAAUAUCCUCUUUGUCAUCACAAAACCAGAUGUCUAUAAGAGCCCAGCUUCAGAUACCUACAUAGUUUUUGGGGAAGCGAAGAUUGAGGAUUUAUCUCAGCAAGCACAGCUAGCAGCUGCUGAGAAAUUCAAAGUUCAAGGUGAAGCUGUUUCAAACAUUCAGGAAAACACACAGACUCCGACCGUACAAGAGGAGAGUGAAGAAGAAGAGGUUGAUGAAACAGGUGUGGAAGUUAAGGACAUAGAAUUGGUCAUGUCACAAGCAAAUGUGUCAAGAGCAAAGGCAGUCCGAGCCCUGAAGAACAACAGUAAUGAUAUUGUAAAUGCUAUUAUGGAAUUAACAAUGUAACCAUUGGAAAAUGAGGACUUUUUUUGGUGUUUCAAAAAAGUUAACUACAGCUUGGUUUGAAAUUUGUACUGUUUCUAUCAUUAAUAAAGUUUGGCUUCUUGUUG